CCAUAGCCGCUUCGGGUGCGCGACGUACCAUUCCAGAUUAGGCCUACAGUAUGUUAGGCCUAGCCGCCAUGGUUUAUUGGUUUACCAUCCCAAAGUUCUCAAGUUAUACGGAACGUCAUAGUUACUACGGAAAUUUUGACAAAUAUAAUGGACGUUUACGAAAAUAGGUAGGCCUAGGCCUGGCCCUCUCUAUCUCUAGCCUAGGCCUGGAGGUAGCAAUAGUACUGGCUAGGCCACAAGCAAGCUAGCCUAUCCAUUAGUAAUGUGCAUCUUUUCAGGUAUCCAACCAACCGGAGUGCCACAUAUAGGGAACUAUUUAGGUGCUAUACAACAGUGGAGCCAUUUACAGGGACAUGGCAAUGAAGUUAUCUAUAGCAUUGUAGACUUGCAUUCUAUUGCUUUACCACAGGACCCAAAGGAACUGAGAGAGAGCAUCCUGAGAAUGGCCGCAGUUUUAAUAGCUUGUGGCAUUGAUCCAGAUCGUAGCAUUCUCUUCCAGCAGUCUGCUGUAAAAGAACAUACACAAUUAGCAUGGGUGCUUGGCUGCCGAACUACACUGGCCAAACUUAAUUCCUUUACACAAUGGAAGGCUAAAGUUGGCUCAGACAAGAAGAAGGCAUGUGUUGGCUUAUUUACAUAUCCAGUAUUACAAAGUGCAGACAUUCUACUUUAUAAGUCAACACAUGUUCCUGUGGGUGAUGAUCAAAAACAGCACCUAGAGAUGGCCCAGGAAGUUGCCAGGAUAUUUAACAACAACUAUGGCGAAUUCUUUCCAAUUCCAAAAGCAAUUUAUGGUGAUGUACCAAAAGUGAAAAGUUUACGAGACCCAUCAAUUAAGAUGAGCAAAUCAGAUAGUCAAGCCUUGUCUCGAAUUGAACUUUUAGAUUCACACGAUGAAAUAAGAACUAAGUUUAAAAAAGCUGUAACAGACUUUACUUCUGAAGUCACAUUUGAACCGGACUCUCGGCCGGGUGUUUCAAAUAUGCUGAUUAUACAUUCAGCAGUGAGUGGAAAAACUAUUCCUGACAUAUGUAAUGAAGCGAAAGGACUGGAAACUGCAGAAUAUAAAUUUGUUGUCGCCGAUGCUGUGAACGAGUUUGUGAAACCCAUACGUGACAAAGUGACGUUACUUUUGAAUGAGAAACAAUACUUGCGUGACAUAUUACAAGAUGGUGCUGAAAAAGCACGAGAAAUUGCGGAACGAAAUUACGAUGAUGUUAAACAACUUGUAGGUUUUAUUUGAAAUGUGGAGUAGUAGAUCAGUGAAUACGAUGCUUAUCUACCUGUAGUGGACGACGAGAGUUGCUGGUACCGGGUUACCGGGUAGCACGGACGCGAAGAAAGUCAUUGUUGGACUUCUUAGACCACAUGUUAAGCGCCCUGAGCAUCUUACAUUAGAUGGAUAUGUGCGCUAUAUAAAAAUACACUAUUAUUAUUAUUAUUACCUGUCAACCAAGGCUAUGUCCAAACUAUCACAAUGUGAUAUGCCUAAAUAUGGUCAUGAUGACAUCACAGUUAUCACCUAGGCACAAGCAUAUUUGAUAUUUUUUUUCCUUAAAUAUGAUGCACAUGUGGACAAAAGCCAAACUUAUACUUUGUACAUUCAACAAUUUUGAAUGACCGACGUAGUCAGUAGGUUCAUUAGAACCCUAAUGGGUCUAUCUGCUGGUCCAUGGCUGCCCAGAGAAAUACAAUAAAGAAAAACUAAAGUAAACUA